CUUUCCUCUUUUUCUCUCCUCCAAGCUUCUCUUCGCAGUUGGUGGCCAAGGGGUCUUUCUCCUCUGUGGUGCCUCCCCACGACAAGUCAAGACCCCCCAAAACACUUCUCUCUCUCUCUCUCUCUCUCUCUCUCUCAUUCUUGUCUCUAUACAAACAUCUGAGCAGGAUACGGAUGCACGAUUGUAUCGAUAAGCUACUGAAUUCUGAUCUAAUCGGACACUAGAAGAUGGAUUUGGCGAAGAGAGAUGAGUAAGGAGAGAGAGACACACACACACACGGUUAGAGUAAAAGUUUGAAAUUAUGCGAACUCUCUGCGACGUCUGUGAGAGCGCCGCCGCGAUCCUCUUCUGCGCCGCGGACGAGGCCGCUCUUUGCCAUUCCUGCGACGAGAAGGUACAUAUGUGUAAUAAGCUUGCCAGUCGGCAUGUGCGGGUUGGGCUUGCUGAGCCUAGUGUUGUUCCCCGCUGUGAUAUAUGUGAAAAUGCACCAGCUUUCUUUUACUGUGAGAUAGAUGGUAGUUCCCUUUGCCUGCAAUGUGAUAUGAUUGUACAUGUUGGAGGUAAAAGAACCCACGGAAGAUACCUGGUACUCAGGCAACGUGUUGAGUUCCCAGGGGAUAAACCCAGCCGCAUUGAUGAGCUAGGUUUGCAACCCGCCGAACUGGGUGAGAUGAGGAGAAAUCAGCCCCAUAAGCCUAGGAUGACUGAGAACCAUCAAAAUCACGUAGCGUCUAGCGUUCUGAUGUUAGUGGCUAAUACGGAUGGUGGCAGCAAAAUGGACACUAAAAUGAUUGAUCUAAAUUCUAAUCCCCAGCGUAUGCACGGGCAGUCUUCAAAUAAUCAGGAACAAGGGAUGGAUGGUCUAAACGGGGACAAUCAUGAAUCUGCAAGUGUGGUUCCUGUUGGACCAUUUAAAAGAGAGUUUGAAAAGUGAUUCAGUUGGAAAUUGUUCAUCGCUGCUCUGUCCAAAGAAUGCUAGUGCCUAGUAGACUAUUUCUAUUUUGAUUUUUGGCAACAUGUCAGGCUGUAUACUUGCACCGCAAUAGAAAGGGCAAGGUGGAAAAUGCAUGGGAUGUGGUUCUAAGGUUAUAUCUGAGGUGCAAAAGGAUUGAUAUGUUACAAUGUCAAGAAGCCUCGUAAAUUUCCCAUUUUUUUCUGAGUCACUUUGUUAACUAGAGAUGAAAUGGUAUCAAAGGAACCUAUAAGGCAUGAGACAAUACAUAAUUGUUACGAUAUCAUUGUUGGAGUUUUGUUGACAUUUGCUUCAAACGUUGGUGUUAAUUUGUUAAUUUUUG